AUGUAGUUAAUCAAAGAUGUUCUAAUUAACAAAAAUGUUGUGCCCAUUUAUGUCCAAAAUAAACUAAUGAAAGAAUUGGAUUUCUAGAUCAGAGCUUUUGGAAAUAAAAAUAAAACUUCCUCAUCCCCCAGGAAAAGUUGUAAUCGUCGUAUUAAAACUCUUGAUCAUAGUCCUCGCAAUCUACUAAUUGAAAGGAGUGUUAGCAAGAGUUACAAUAAAGAAUAGGAUUGCUUAAAAUGUCGGAAAUUCAAUUUUUAGAAUAAAAUUAUUAUUCAGUGUGAUACUGGUCAGCACAUGUUUCAUGAAAAAUGCAUUCUGGACCUCUUUAAAGAAUAAAUUUAAGAUAUUAAACCCCAUUUUUCUUGUUUCUGUGGGAUGAAAUUAUGUCCAGAAUUUGUAAGAGAACUAAAAGUAAAGGGCAUAGAGCAAUUAGUUAAUUAGUUGUAUGAAUAAUAACUAAAAUGUAUUACAUAUCAAGUGCAGAUUCAGAAUUGUCUAAAUCCAUUGUGUAAUUUUUUUUGGAUCAACAACUCUAAAAAAUCCAGAAAAUAUGGACGAUAACUUAAACCUCUCGCAAAAAAGUAUUGUCCUUAUUGCUGA